GCAGAAGGCGACGUCAUGUUCCAUUCUUCGUCUUAUGGGGAAUUGAAUUGCUGCAUCUUCACGCGCCACCGACCCAAGUAGUUCCGACGUCGCCAAUUCAUAUUACUGAGCAGACCCAGCAUCCCUUUUUGCUACAUUCAAACCGCCGUCUCUCACAAUGUGGUGGGGAAAAGGCUCAGACAAGGAUUCCAAGGCGCCGCCCAAGGAGGACGCCUCAGCUGCAGAGCCAGGCAAGAAGAGCAAUGCUCCACAAGCUGCUCCAUUCGACCCAGAUAAGCUUCCAAAGCGCGAGAAGCUGCCGCCUGCGCUGCAGAAGAUAGUCGACAGGCAAGACAAAGACGAAAAUUGGUAUGACGAGAUCGUGGAUGGCUAUGCGCCAGAAUCGACAGAGUCCAACGUUCGAUUUGCCGGUUAUGCUGCACGUGUUCGGACGAUACUGCUUUCUGCUCAUCGCUACGUCGCGUACACAUCUGACAUAGGAGAAUCAUUUCGGCCGGUCGCACAUCCAUGGCUGGUCCGUGGCGCAUACGGAGUCAGUUGGGCUUACAUCCUCGGCGACGUGUCUUAUGAAGGAUACAAAGCAUAUCUACACAACCAGCGGACGCUGAACCCACAGGCGGAAUUUUCAGAGAGCCAGCAGAAGCUCACAGGCCUGGAUGCAGUCGGCGCUGCGGAUGCCCAGCCAAAGUCGGUCCCUCCACUUGAGAACUACAAGACGGUCAUGGCACAGCGAGCUAUCUUCCAGAGCGUGGCAAGUAUGGGUCUGCCUGCCUUCACAAUUCACAGUGUAGUCAGGUACAGCGGGAGAGCGCUCAAGGAUGUCAAGAACAAGACGAUACGGACCUGGGGUCCGAUCGGCUUGGGCCUUGCUGUCGUCCCCUUCCUCCCGACCCUCUUUGAUCAACCCGUAGAAAACGCUGUGGAGUGGAUAUUCCACAAGGGCUUCGCGACUAUGGGUGGGCAUGACGCAGUAGGUGCUGCGCCUACGAUGGGCAGGGAAAAAGCCUUGUCCACGAAGCCCAAGGAGAAGGAACUGUAGAUAUUGGUGGCUGCGAGAACAAACACGCUGCUCCCUCCCGGUACGAGGUGUGCUUAAACACUUCUUCUUCUCUCGCGCAUGUAUUACAAUUCUAAAUAGACGAUGAAUUCACGUAAUCUAGUCAUGUAUUCUGUUUGUCCGGCAAAAGUCGCUUAUGGACAUGCUCAAAACCUAUCUCCCGAUAUCCGACCAAAACCCAACGCCGACGCUAUGAGAUUGUCCCGUCUGCCGGUGACUUUAUAGAUCAAUCAAAUCAGGCACCAGCGGUCCAACAUUGCGUAAAAGCACAAUGGUAUUGCCCGAGACAAGCGCAGCCCCCACCUUCUCGCUGUAAUCCAACACCCGUCCACCUUCGACGUGGAACACCCUCAGCGUAUCCCGCUCCUUCUCAGACUUGUUGUUGAUAUUCUCGACCUGCAGGCUCUUCGCAGCGGCGUCCAGGACCCGUCCCACGACCCAGUCCUUGGAGUAGAAGAACUGGCCCUUGGGUGUCUUGGCCGUCGGCGAGGCGGCCUCAGCCUCGACGAACAGGUACACCCUCUUCUCGGGCGCCAGCUUCUCGUCGCCCUUGGCGGUCUUCUUGAGGUUGUUGACGGCGACGAGGCGCUGCGAGGCAGACGUGGGCUUCGGCUUAGGGAGCGCGCGCGUGGCCGCCUCGGUGGCCGCCUCGCGCUUCGCGGCGCCCCACAGCCUCAGCUUCUGCAGCGCCGACUUGGCCUUGUCGGCGGCCUGCGAGCCCGGGCGCGCGCCGAGGGGCACCAGCUUGUCGCAGUCGUGCUCCUCCUUGAGCCGGUGCUUGAGGCAGUAGUCGCGGUUGCACCCCUGGCAGUGGACGCCGGGCACCAGGCUCGUGCCGACGGUGGUCUUGCAGUCGGGCGACGCGCAGGGCUUCUGCGACACGUGGUCCCGCAGCUGCUUGCCGUCGCCGGCGCUGGGCCGGGCCAGCUGGGCGAGCCGCUUGCGCUCGGCCCAGGCGCCCUCCUUGGCGCACUUGUGGGCCGACUCGGUGCGGUGGUCGAGGCAGAAGGUCUUCUCGCAUGACUGGCAGUAGAAGGGGAGGAAGUCGAGCUGGUUGCAGUACUCGGCCUCGCAGUGCUUGCCGAUGAGGGUGGCGUCGGCGUAUUGGGAGCGGUCGACGUCGGUCAUGUUCACGUACGAGGUCUCCUGGCCCUCGGAGGAUGCGGAUCGGUUUGCCAUGGCGGCGGCGGGCGGGCCGGCGAGGGCGUCGUCGUGCGUCUCUUAAAGAGGAGUUCGAGGUGGGUUUGGAGGCAGGCAGACGUGCCCACGUCAGUUGGAUGACCAAUUCGGCACGGCUCGGCACGGCACCUCUGGGUCCAGCAGGGCGUGGCCAAAUGUGAAGUCGUGGGAGGAAAGAUAAUAAUACCACCUGGGCAGUUAGGCAAAAGGGGGUUGCGAGGCUGUGACGCUGCGGCUGGCGUUGACAUGGGGCUUCCCC